CAGAUCCUCUGAGACCCCCUCAGAUCCUCUCAGACCCUCUCAGAUCCCCUCAGAUCCUCUCAGACCCCCUCAGAUCCUCUCAGACCCCCUCAGACCCUCUCAGACUCCCUCAGACCCUCUCAGAGAGGAAGAUGUCCUGAUGGCUGCGAGUGAGAUCAGAAGCCGUGGAACAUUAAAUAUGGAGCGGAGCAGAGCGACUGCAGACAGGAGCUUGUGAUUGGUUCCCAUCCCUCUGGACGGGGGAGCGGCUCGUGAUUGGUCGGCUCCGUCCUCGGGCUCCGAUUGGCUCCCAGCGAUCGCGUUGCAUUAUUGAUCAGACUUCAGCUCCCGCUGAUCGGCCGGAGGACCUUCUGGGCCGUUUGAGAUAUUGAACCAACAUUCUGCUCCCAGCUUAUGAUGGAGUUCAGAAUAUCGUUUAUGCUUGGACCCGUUGCUUCCACAACGCGAGACAUUCUAAGAAAAGUCGUGACGCUGAAUCGACCGUAUUAAUAACGUGAAGCAUGUGCUGCGUUUCUUUGUCGUGAACGAGAUGAAGAUCUGUGAGUUUGGGACGUCGUGUCAGAAACAUCUCACGUGCAGCGGAUCAUAAACAGGGUGUCCGCGGGUCCUUAAAAAGUCUUAAAAAGUCUUAAAUCGCUUUUCCUAAAAAUAAGGCCUUAAAAAGUCUUAAAUUGUCUUAAAUUCAGAUUGGCUUGGUCUUAAAUUUUUUUGGUGUCAUGUCACUGCGAAUACGAGGCAAUCUGUUCCGCCAGGUCUGUAUGUUGCUCUGGUCGGCUCUGCGCUGCUGUGUCUCUGGUGUCACCAGGUCCACGCCCCUUAAAGGGGCUCCGGGUAUUCGGCCCUAUCAAUCCCCGACAACGUUAAGCUUCGGCCAUUCUUGACAACAUGGGUAAAUGCAAGUUCAAUAAUAUAUGGCUCGAAAAAAACGAGUAUUUUUGGUUACGGUCGGUGCCUGGAAAUGCUUAUCAAGCGAGCUGCGUUAUGUGUCGGAAGACUUUCCAACUCGGGACGAUGGGGAUCAGAGCGGUGGAAUCGCACGUGAAAAGUAAGAAGCACAGCGACCACGCGAAGGCGCGCCAGCAGCCCGCCAUUGCUAGCUUCUGCUCCACGGCUAGCAUUGACGUGAACGCUUCAACGCUGGAUGGAACCGUAGGAAAUCCAGAGCCAACAGUAAUGCCAUCUGACCUCCGCGCAAUGUGUGGCUCUACGCCAACACUACAAGCGGAGGUGAUUUGGGUGCUGAGGACUGUGACAAGCCACCAUUCAUGCAGGUCUAAUGACGGGAUUGGAGAAGUAUUUAAAGCAAUGUUCCCAGAUUCGAGCCUUGUACAGUCAUUUACCUGCGGAAAAGACAAGACAACAUACGUGGCUACAUUUGGAUUGGCGCCGUAUAUAAAAAAAGAGCUAAUCACAGAAGUCCAGCAGUGCAGUGCGUUUGUCAUUAUGUUCGAUGAGACAUUGAACCAGACCACCAAGAACAAACAGCUGGACUUGCAUGUGCGCUAUUGGAUAAAUGACCACGUCCAGUCCAGAUUUUUUGGAGCACAAUUCAUGGGCCAUGCAACUGCUCAGGACCUACUUCAGCAUUUCAAAGAGUGUGUGCAGCAGCUUGACCUAAGAAAUAUGAUUUCUAUCUCGAUGGACGGACCAAACGUCAACUGGAAAUUUUUGUCAAUGCUCCAACAGGAACAUGCAGAGGCAUUUGGAAGUGCCCAGCUGAUUGUGGUGGGGAGCUGUGGGCUUCACACACUCCACAAUGCCUUCAAAUGUGGCUUCAGUGUCUGGCAACUGGAGAAAGUGCUCAGGGCAAUACAUACACUCUUUCAUAAUUCCCCUGCUAGAAGAGAAGAUUUCUGCACUUUGACCAAGACAUCUGUGUUUCCCCUAUCAUUCUGUGGGCAUCGCUGGAUAGAAAACCUACCUGUCGUCGACAGGGCUAUUGCAUUAUGGCCAAUGAUCGUGAUGUAUGUAGAUGCAGUGACACAGAAAAAACUUCCAAGCCCGAGAACAUCAUCCUAUGACACUCUUGCAGAGGCACGGAAUGACCCUCUCAUAAUGGCCAAGUUGCACUUCUUCAUGGCUGUCUCUAGGAGCUUCACCACCUUUCUGACUAAAUAUCAGACAGAUGAGCCUGUGAUGCCAUUCAUCAGUAAAGAUCUGUCUGUUCUCAUGAAGAGCCUGCUGAAGAGGUUCAUCAAGGCAGAGAUCGUUGAUGACAUCACUGCACUGCAAAUGGUCAAACUGGACACAAAUGCCAAGGAAGCAAGGGUUCACGUAAAGCAUGUGGACAUUGGGUUAGGAGCUGAAGCAAUCCUAAAGGAACGCCAGAGUAGCCGCAACAGCAACUUAGGAGAGCUCAGUGUGUUGGUAUUUAGGAAGGACUGCAUGGACUGUUUGACUAACAUUGUCAAGAAAAUGCAAGACAAGAGCCCACUGAAGUACACCAUUGUGAGGCAGAUGGCAUGUUUGGACCCACAGAACAUGUUCUCAGACCCCGGCUUGUGCUGUGAGAGAAUGAAAGGAGUGGUUCAGAGGUUUCUGCAUGAUCACCAGCUGUCAGGAGGCGUCUCUGCCGGUGAUGUGAUUGUCCAGCAAUUUGGAAAUUUCUUGUCUCUGGAGACAAAAAAUGAAUCAUUCUCUUCUUUCCAACCCAUGCAAACACGACUGGAUGUUUUCUUGCAUGGAUUCCUCCAUCAAUCCUACCCUGAACUCUGGGCUUUCUCCAGGAAACUUCUGCUCCUCUCCCAUGGCCAAGCAACGGUUGAGAGGGGCUUUUCUGUAAAUAAGGAGAUAGAAGCUGAUAACAUGAAGGAAGACACAGUGGUUGCUCAGAGGAUGAUCUGUGACUAUGUCUCUGUCUGUGGGGGGGUUCUCAAAGUACCUCUGACAAAGGAGCUUAUGGCAGCUGCAGCUUCAGCGAGGUCUCAGUAUCGGCUACACCUGGAACAGGAAAAGAGAAAGCAUGCGAGCACUGCACUAACAGAAAAGAGAAAAGUUGCAGAAGACUACCUUGAGCAGCUCAAAAAGAAGAAGAAGAUACUGAUUGAGGUAGCAAACAGCCUGGAAAAGGAUGCAGACAAACUGGCAGAGCAAGCUGAGGGUAAAUCAGGCACACUCAUGGCCCAGCUAAUCACCAAGUCCAACGUACUCAGAAAAAGAUACAAAGAAAAAAUCACAGAACUCAAAGAGGUUGAGAAAGAUCUGGAGGAUAAAUCAGCAGAACUCAGGCAUAUGCCAUAACAUAUCAGGCAUGUUGUCCCUAUUCCUUCCCUUCCUGCCUCUCUGUUUCACGUGGCCCGAUGUUCAGUUGUGCUCUUGCACAUUGUUAUAAAUUGGUACAUACACUCUUUUGGGAAGGCUAACUCAAGUGCUGAGUUAGUGUUUUGUUUAUUAUUAUUAUGAUGUUGAGGAAAAAUAUGUAUUCAUACAGUAUGUAUGUAAAAAGUCUUAAAUUUUACACACACACACUUAUUCCCACACACCUCCACAAACAGUUUUACACACUCUGCUGUAUAAUCUCUGUCCAUGAUGAGUCCUCCACAAACGGCAACCUAUCCAUCUAGGUUUCUCUCUGUCACACAUACAUACACACACAUUCUGUUAAAAUGUUUUUGCCUUUUAAAAGCAGCUAAAAUGGUCAUUUAUUUAUUUUAUUUAUUUAUUUUUUCAAAAGGAACUAUUUUUUAUGUUGUUAAAAGCAAUUUGUUCAUGGGACCUAAAUGUUUUGAAAAUAUUGUAUGAAUAAAUAUAAUUUAGGACAGCAAU